AUCAUGGCGAGUGAACUUGCGGACAACUACGAAGCGUCGGACGAGGCGUCUGAGAAUGAACUUCUUGACAAGAGUUUGUCCGUGUGGAAGGGUUGGGAGAUGGCUGGAGACGACUUUGAACCCCUCCAGCAUGAUAUGCACACGGCCUGCAGCAUCGGACAUUUCGAUUAUGUCCGUACACUCAUUUCCAGAGGAGACUUGGACAGGAAAAACAUGGGUACCUGGACACCAUUAAUGUAUGCUUGUUACAUCGGUCAUGACAACAUCGUCAACUUGUUGACGGAAGCGGGCUGCAGCGUGAACGUUAAAAACCACAAGUGCCAGACUCCACUCAUGCUGGCGGCCAGUUGCGGCAACGAGACUGUCGGCAAGAUGUUGGUUGGAGCAGGAGCUCAGCUUGAAGCGAGGGAUAGAAAAGGAUGGACGGCUUUGUUUCAUGCUACCUACGCCGGACACCAAAACUUUGUCCGUUUUUUGCUUUACAAUCGUGCAGAUAUGAAUGCUGUUGAACCGCACACAAGUAGAACGCCAUUCAUGGAGGCAGCAGCCGAAGGACAUGAAAUUAUUGUGCAGCUCUUUUUACAACAUGGUGUUGACGUGAACAAGCGAGACCAGAAUGGAGACGUGGCGCGGUCGCUGGCCCUGAUGAACGGACAUAUGAAAGUUGUCAGUCUGAUCGAUAACCACGUGCUGCCAAUCUCAUCACUUCGAUCAGAACCUGGACUAGACGAUGACUUCAGUUCUUCAGAUGAAGCUUACCAAAGGCCAAGGCAUCACCACAUACCGAGACAUUCAAAAACUAAAUCUAAAGGUCCCAGUAUACGAGAUGGUCCUGAAGCUAUUGCUCGAUUAAUCGACCGAUCACACAACGUGGACCAUGGAGGCAUCCAGAACAUACAGACUGCUGAUUAUCAAAAUUCAUUUGUGCCAAAAGGUUACAUGACGUUUCCUCAGAUUGGUCAUUCAGAUGAAACACUACUGUCCCACCGAGACGUCACUUCACCCAUCAACCCACAGGACUACAAUCUAGACAGUUCAGGGGACAAAGAUUCUUGUCACGACGAUGACAGUAAUGCAUUCUCCAAGACUGGAGCCAUCACAAUAAAGAGUAGCUCCAGCUCCAGUGGAGGUCUUAUAGCCGCUCUCGGUCUUAGCCGAGACGGGAGUGUCGACAGCGACGAGCAGAACGAAGCUAACGAAUCAAAACAAACCUCUAAGUCAUGUGAUAUUAAAACUGAAAACACCCCAAGAGAAACCAAAGAUACAGUGUGUGCGAAAGGUCGGACUGAAAAUGAAUCCAUCAGCAUUUCGGGGGAUGUUUCUCCAGACGAUAUCAAACAGAACAUCAAGAACUGGAUAGAAGAUUCGCACAGUCCAGAUGCUCAUAAAGACGAGAAGGAGAUCUGUGACAAGGACAGCGGGUAUGACCGAGACUCGCAGGUUGAUAAAAUCUCGGAGAUUGAGUGGGACGGGAGCGUGCUGCCCCACUUGAACGACAGAGACACGGUUAAUGGUGUGGAUAAUCAACACAGCACUUCUCUGACGGAUGAGCUGGAUCUCGAGUGUGCUCGGCUAAACUGUGAAGCUCAAAGGGGCACGGCUCUGUCAGUGUGCAAUGACCAGUUGUUGAUGGGCUACUACUUCACCCCCCAACCACCCGACACCCCCGCCGGAGCUCGGAGACCUGUCCUUGAGGAACAGCCGAGUUCACUGUAUGCCCCUCAAGACUUGGUGACCUUGCUACAGACUCUAGGUCUAAUGAAAUAUCUACCAGUGUUUGAAGAACAAGACGUUGAUCUUCAGGUUUUUCUCUCACUCACAGACAACGACCUUAAAGAAAUCGGAAUCAAGUUGUUUGGUCCUCGUAAGAAGAUGACCAAUGCCAUAGCUCGGUGGCACAGCAACGCCCCCCUCUCCUCGAGUUCCCUGGAGCAGUCCUAUGCCGACCGCCUGGAGGGGGAGAUGCAGGAAAUGGCAAUUCAGCUCAAUCAGGCCUAUGCGGAAGUGGACCGAAUGAAGGCGCAGGUCUUGCAGGAACAGCAACUCCGAUCAGUCACCGAGCAGUGCCUCAUGGAGCAGCAGAGUCACAUUCAUAGCGUCGUCAUGGAUACGAAACACAAAUGCGAGGACAUCAAGGACAUUUUCAAGAAGCUCAAGAAUUAUUGUACUGAAAUUAAAGAGAGAUUUGGGUGUUCUAAAGGUCAAAACGUGGACCAGCCUAGACACUUGAAAGGAAGCAUUUCUUUACAGGAUGAAAAACAUUCUCAGAAAGCCAGUGAUGCAAAUGUGGUAUCCAUGGAGAUUCUUAUGAAGCAAAUGGAAAGCUACUUAAAGAAGGGGCAACAAAUAGUUGCUAUGGUAACUAUCAACAGUGAACAGUUGGUUGACAAGAAGACUGAAGCAACAGAUAAGGAAUUUAAUCCAUCCUGUUAUAGCUGAUAAUAGUUUCUUUGCAGAUUUUUUUUUAUUGCACCAUGUUUACAGAUGAUUCACCAUUUUGACAAACAUAUUGCAUGCUUUUGUUUUUCAGAGGUAAUGAAGAUAUGGAAAUAUACUCAACAAAAUUAAUUAAAGACCAGUAGGUUUAUUGGUAAUUCUUUGCAUUUAUAAUAUUGUUUCAGUUUAAUUUGACCCAUGAUUCACGCACACUUCUUUGUCAGUGUAAAACAGUUAUGGU